AUGUUGAAGGAAGUCCAUCUUUCUAUCCCUCUUACCGAAGCCAUGACCCAAAUGCCUAGAUAUUCCAAGUUCCUUAAGGAUAUCUUGAGUGGCAAGAGAGAUUGUAAUGAGAUAAAUUUGGUGGAACUUGGUGAGUGUUGUAGUGCUUUGAUUCACAAUGAGCUGCCCAAUAAGAUGAAAGAUCUGGGUAAUUUCUCCAUUCCUUGCAAAAUCAAGAGUAAGAUGUUUGAGAAUGCUUUAUGUGAUUUGGGUGCUAGUGUAAGCAUAAUACCCUUCUUGGUCUUCAAGAAGCUAAAUUUAGGAGAACUUUGUCCUUUCAACAUGACUUUGCAAUUGGCCGAUAGGUCCAUUAAGUUUCUUAAGGAAAGAGUUGAGGAUGUUCCCCUAAAGAUUGCAGUUUAUUAG